CCUUGGCCAGAUAUGAAUGUGUGCCCAUAUCCAGACAGCCCCGACUAACUUGAACAAAGCAGAGCUUUCUGCUGCAGCGGACACAGGAAUAUUACACAGCAGCAUACCUCACAUAUAAGGUUCAGAAUGAACGCAACCCUGGUCGCACUCUUAGUCAUCACAGUGGCAAUUGUCAGCGUCUCGGCUACAUCGCCUCAGAACUGCGCCUCGGUGACGUGCAAUCCACACAUCUGCCGACGCGUGGAGUGCGGCUGUGGAAGGUACAGCGACGAAUGCGGUUGCUGCGACCUCUGCUACAAGGCUCCAGAUGAAAGCUGCCCUGAUCGCACUCUUGUUCGUCGCAGUGACGAUUCUCAUCGUCUCGGCUACGCAGCCUCUGAACUGCGCCGCAGUGACAUGCAGUCCAGGCAGCUGCGGACACGUGGAGUGCGCCUGUGGAAUGCACAAGGACGAGUGCGGUUGCUGCGACAUCUGCUACAAGUGCCCAGGUGAUCAGUGCCACUCGUGGAUCUUGGACCAGUGUGCCACCGGUGCAUUCUUGAAGACACCUCCAAGCACUUCGAGUUUGGCGACCAAGGACGCUGCACGUCUGAGAACAACACGGAGACCUCACACACUUCGCAAAUUUGUCGCGUGUAAUGGUUACCUAAAUGUUUUUUUUUUACUCCCGUUUUAAGGGAGUAAAAAUAAAAGCGAGGGCAGGCUAAAUCGCUAAGACUCAUGUUGUGCCCACAGUAUGCGAAGGCAUUUGCAUGGCACGGGCUAGAUUAUUUCCCAGGACAGUUCACCCCUUAAAGAAAGCCGAUUAUCGGGCUGUUAGGCACCUUUGCUAAUUUGGGUGACCGGUCUUACAUGAGUCUCGCGAGCUAAAUCGCUAACCUAGAAAACAUUCAAUUUGGACUCCAGACUAUACUUGCGUCCCCCCGGACGAGUGUCGCCACGUGCAAGUCACCCUCAUGCUGUCAUGCCCUAUGUGCCACGCGUUGAUGCCUUCAAAUUUUCCUUUCUUGUGAAAACUAUAGUCGAUUGAAACAGCCUUGACGCAGAUGUAUUUAUUGAAACACACACAACUGAAUCAUUUGAGCGUAAACUGUCAUUAUGUGCUUGCUGAAGGCAUUGUUUGUUUAUUGCGGAACUGGCGUUACGUGUUUGU